UGCUAGUAGGCCGCCAUGCUGGAAAUCUAAUAAAGCGUUUGAACGUUUGCUCAAAGCUAGCUGUAUAGCUACUGGUUAUUGUUCUCUGUGUCCUUAUCUGAUUUAACAGUUUGCCACACUCAGAGACACAAAUAUGAAUUAUUCGGACUACGACUCGGAUGAUUAUGCCUCAAAUGAGGAUGAAGAUUACGUCCCCUCUGAUGAUAAUCUGAGUGAGGAUGACAUGAAUGAGUGUGUAAAAGAAGAUGCUCUGGAAGGGGAUGACCAUGAUGGGCAGCAAUCAGAACAUGCGAAGAAGAAAAAGAAGAAAACUAAAGGAGACAUUCCUAUGAGAAAAAGGAAAAAAGGAUGCCUCAUACUGAACGAAGAUGGUGAGGGAAGUGCAGCAGACCAACAGAAAGAUGAAGAGACAAAAGAAGAUUAUUAUGCUGGCAAUUCAAGAAAAGAUAAUGAAGAUCAUAAUAAGAAGAAAGCAGAUGAUCUGUGGGCCAGUUUUCUCAGUGAUGUCGGCCCACGACCCAAAGCAGCAGCUGCAAGCACAGGCUCUCUGCUGAUCACAUCAACAGCCAGCACAGGUAAACCCUCAACAGUCUCUCAGCAGCAGGAGGACAAACCCAAAGAAUCCUCCAAAGUCACAAUUACCAAGGUGUUUGAUUUUGCUGGGGAGGAAGUGCGGGUGACUAAAGAGGUGGACGCAGACUCCCGGGAGGCCAAGAGUUUUUUACAGACAGAAGAGAAUACACAGGAGGACAAAGAACAACAGUCCAUACCCUCUGAACCCAAGCUCUCCUUACCAAACUCUUCUGGAUCCAGUGUCAAGAGGCCAGCAGGCAUGGGCAGCAUUCUGAAUCGCAUCGGGGGCAAAAAGCAGAAGAUGAGUACUUUGGAGAAGUCUAAGCUGGACUGGGAUACGUUUAAAACAGAAGAGGGCAUUUCAGACGAGCUGGCCAUCCAUAAUCGGGGCAAAGAAGGAUACGUGGAGCGAAAAAACUUUCUGGAGAGAGUGGACCAUCGGCAGUUUGAGCUGGAGAAGACUGUACGUCUAAGCAACAUGAAACGAUAACAAGAUGAGAGACAGAGCAGAUCUGACACUGAUCACGACACAGACAUCAUAUACUCACCCUUCAUGCUGUGAGCUCCGUAUUCAUAGUCAUACAGACUCUUCCUGCCCUGAUUGCCUUUCUUUGCUGGGUUCCCUGGCCUGCUACAGUUUCCCCCAAAAAAGUUUUGUACCUUUUGUUAAAAGACAGCUCACAUACCUUCUCUUUUUCUUGCUGUACACAUGAGAAACACUGUCAUUGCAUGAGAUCAAGACAUAAGUUGACCUAAGUGAAUAUGGCUCUAAUCCUUUAACCAGUAUUGCAUGUUCGAACAAUGGAGGACUUUCUCAACAUGUAUGAGUAGUUCAGAACUUUCCAGAGCUUCAGUCUUCCCGAUAAUCGUUAAUUCACUGAAGAGUCUCAACCUCACCUAAAUAUCCAUUAUGUGUGACGUUAAAGGGGAUAACUCACCAAAAGAUAAAAAUUCUGUUGUAAUUUUCUCACCCUGAAGUCGUUACACACAAAGUCGUUGUUGAACACAAAAGGAAAUGUUCGGAAAAAAGUUAGCCUCAGUCUGUCAUAAUUCACAUCCUCAUUCUGACAUUUCAGGUGCUCAAACAUGCUCACUUUAAAUGAAAACAGAGCCGGUAUUGCAUUAUAUUGUGUACUUUCUACAUGCAGGCAUUCGGGGACAUUGUUUAAUUGUAGCAUGUAAGGGAACUGUUUUACUGUUGUUUAUUUCUUUCCAAUUUAUACAUACUACUGUCUUGAGAAUUUAUUUUGGUAAAAGUGGUUGUAUGGUAAUUACCCCUCUGUCAUUUUAAACAAUGUGUUUCACUGUUUGACAGGAAUAAAUCAUGUAAUUUGGUUUGGA